AGCAGUGAACAGACUCAACACGGGUCCAGCAGAGCAAGAGCCCCCGAACUCGAGCAGACUGAAGACUUGAGACAUCUGCUGCGAUUUCGAAGAGACUCGGUUGGAUUUUACUGCUGAGGUCCAUCUUUUAUUUUCAUUAAAUGAAAGGACCUUUUUUUUGCAUCAAGUCAGACCUGCACAUAACUUUAAAUGCACUGGAUUUAAUCCAUAUUUAGAUUUUCCCUUUUUUUACGCGUGUGGACAAUUUUGUGGAAGUUCAAAAAGACUUUGGGGUUUUGUAAUUUAUAGUGGAGGAAAAAAAAACUUUUAAAAGGAUUUACUUGGUAGAGACUUAAUAAUCGUUUUUCUCUUUCCACUUGUUGGAUUUCGCAGUUUAAUUAUGUGGGUUUUACGCGUUUCCAUUGGGUUAAUUCUGUGCGUCGGCGCGGCGCGCAGCGCCUGGGAAGAGGGCACCGUGGUCCCGGUCAGACUCGACCCGGCGGCCCGGUCGGAGAGCGAGUCCGAACCGUGGCGGACUGUUUCCGCAGAGGAGAAGGAGAAGGAGGCGGAGAUGAGGGUGUACCGGUUGGACGUAUUUGGCAACGAGCUGGUCUUGCAGCUAGAACCCGACCAGACCUUCUUGGCGCCGGGGUUUGUCUUCCACGUUGUGGGUAGUCCCGAGUCCGAACCGACCCAGGAACCCAGCAGCGGAGCCGAGUCGGGCUGCUUCUUCUCGGGCACGGUGAACGGCGAAGAGAAGUCCGCCGCUGCCCUCAACCUGUGCCACGGGCUCAGGGGCGGAUUCUACUUUCGGGGCGAAGAGUACUUCAUCCAGCCCCUCAACUCCAGCGACUUCCAGGGCACCGAGGAGGAUGUCCACGUGAUCCGCCGGAGGGGUCGGGCAGCUUUGGCCGAGGAGGGGAGCUCCAAGUGCGGGGUCAACGAGGACGAGGAGAGGGUGCCAAAGAAUCUGGAGAAGGAGGCACUGAAAGGAGACGCCGACGCAGACCAGACAGCCCACCACAGGACCAGGCGCUUUGUGUCCACCCCUCGCUACCUGGAGAUCAUGCUGGUGGCCGACCAGUCAAUGGCCGAGUUCCACGGCGCGGGGCUCAAGCCCUACCUCCUGACCAUCAUGGCGGUGGCGUCCCGCCUCUACCGCCACCCCAGCAUCCACAACUCCAUCAGCCUGGCCGUGGUGAAGCUGCUGGUGGUGUACGAGGAGGAGCGAGGCCCCCAGGUGUCGUCCAACGCCGCCAUGACCCUCCGCAACUUCUGCCAGUGGCAGCGGCAGCACAACCCCCAGAGCGACCGCCACCCCGAGCACUACGACACCGCCGUGCUCUUCACCAGAACGGACCUCUGUGGAGCCCACUCGUGUGAUACUCUGGGCAUGGCGGACGUCGGCACAGUGUGUGACCCGGACAGAAGCUGCUCCAUUAUUGAGGACGACGGGCUGCAAGCAGCGUUUACUGUUGCACAUGAGCUGGGCCACGUCUUCAACAUGCCUCACGAUGACGCCCAGCUGUGCUCCGGGGUCAACGGCGCCCACUGGGGCUCCCACAUGAUGGCCUCCACGCUGUCCAACCUGGACCAGCAGCAGCCGUGGUCCCCCUGCUCCGCCCUCAUGGUCACCACCUUCCUGGACAACGGCCACGGCCAGUGCCUCCUGGACAAGCCGGUCAAACCCCAGCCGCUGCCCCAGCCCCUGCCCGGGACGGUGUACGACGCCGACCACCAGUGCCGGCUGACCUUCGGCGACGACUCGCAGCACUGCCCGGACCUGAGCACCACGUGCGCCGCCCUGUGGUGCACCGUGACCACGUCCAACGGCCUGCUGGUGUGCCAGACCAAGAACUUCCCCUGGGCCGACGGUACAUCAUGCGGGCACGACAGCUACUGCCUGGCCGGACAGUGUCUCACAAAGAGCCAAGCUGCCAAACACCAGACUCCCGUCAACGGCGGCUGGGGUUUGUGGGGCCCCUGGGGCGACUGCUCCCGGACCUGCGGUGGAGGUGUGCAGUAUUCCUUCCGCGCCUGCGACAACCCUUUGCCCAAGAACGGGGGCAAGUACUGCGAGGGCAAGAGGAUCCAGUACCGUUCCUGCAACACGGAAGCAUGCCCUGACAACAACGGCCUGUCGUUCCGCGAGGAGCAGUGUCUGGCCCACAACGACAUGUCGGCCCAAGUGUCGCUGGGUUCAGGGGAGGGCGUCGAGUGGGUGCCCAAGUAUGCCGGAGUUUCACCCAAGGACCGCUGCAAGCUGGUGUGCCGGGCCAAGGGGACUGGCUACUUCUUUGUCCUCAAAUCUAAGGUGGCCGACGGAACGCCCUGCAGCCCCGAUUCCACCUCCGUGUGUGUCCAGGGCCAGUGUGUGAAGGCCGGGUGUGACCGGGUCAUCGGCUCGAGCCGGCGCUUCGAUAAGUGCGGUGUGUGCGGCGGAGACGGCUCCACUUGCAAGAAGGUGUCGGGCUCUCUGGACCGUGCCAGGCCUGGUUACCAGGAUGUUGUAACUAUCCCCGCUGGUGCCACUCACCUGGACGUUAAGCAGCGUGCCCCGGGCAACGGUCGUCACGACAACAGCUACUUGGCAGUGCGUCGCCAGGAUGGAACCUAUCUGCUGAAUGGCAACUACAAAUUGAUGACCAUGGAGACGGACAUCGCCCUUCCAGGGGCGCUGCUGCGCUACAGCGGCUCCUCCGCCACCCUGGAGCGCCUGCGGAGCUUCGCCCCGCUCCCCGAGCCCCUCACCAUCCAGGUGCUGUCCGUCGGAGAAGCCCCGCGGCCCCGCGUCAAGUACAGCUACUUUGCCCCGCGACCCAACAACGCUGCUUCGUCGUCCAGCAACAGCGGAGGCCGCCGCCAGUCCAUCAAUGCCAUCCGAGAAGUGGGCGGAGCCGAGUGGACCCUGAGGGAGUGGGGUCCGUGCUCCCUGACCUGUGGCGGAGGAAUGCAGCAGAGGGAGGUGGUGUGUCUGGACCCUCAGGGUCGCCCGUCCAGAGAUUGCCCGGAGGAGCUGCGCCCCUUGGCCUCGCGGUCCUGCGCCUCGCAGCCCUGCCCCUCCUGGCUCCUCGGGGAGUGGUCCAAGUGCUCCAAGACCUGUGGCCGUGGCUUCCGCAAGCGCCAACUGCGCUGCAUCGGCCAUGACAGGCGCACGCUCACCCACGACAGCUGUGACCCCAAAGACCGGCCGCGACCCCUGCUGGAACUGUGCAAUCAGGUCGCCUGUUAAAGACUGCGUCGCGAACUCGACCUCUUCCAACCGGGUCUGAGAGAAAAAAAUCACUGCCUCCUGUUUCCUGCCUGAAUAGGGUCGAUGAAUGAGUGCCGCAGGUUUUUCCACGAGUUCGGGAAGUCUACCUGUCCCACGUGUCAGUGGGUCCACAAUGACUGCAACUGACACAUUUUUUUUUACCCAUUCCCUCCAUCCCUGUUGGGGCCAGACCUCGAGCAGCUAAGUGCAGCAACAAAGACUGAUUACAGCUUUGCUGCCUGUCUGCCCUCAGUACAGCACAGCACAUUCCUGAUCUCCUGAAAAAAGAAAGAAAAGCAUGCUGCUUAACGUGCCAAUGUCAUGCUGAGAGAGAGAGAGAGAGAGAGUGUAUGUGUGUGUGUGUGUGCGUGUAAGUGUGUGUGUAUCAAAUUUUUAAAUGCAUGUAAAUAGUGUUUGUCCAAGCUGGGCUGGACAGACACGAAGGGGUUUUGGGGAGUGGGAGGUUUUAUUGCAGAGUAUAUAAAGCAACAGAUGAAAAGAGAAUAGCUCUUAUUCUACGUGCUCACCCCAUCAGGUAUGGAAAAUAGGAUUAGCUCAUAGUCAUAUAGUGUUAAAUGUUCAAACUUGCCAGUCUGCGUUUUUUUUUAUUUAUCACAAAACCUGUAGCACUUCAGCUUUUGUCGUGGCCAGUGGCACAUUUUUUUAAACACCCGGUCGUCUCCAAAUGCCUCAGUACGUGGUUACUUCAGCCAUAUCUCGCCCUCGUCUAUGCAACCUAUGAAUGAGGGAACUCUUUAAAGACCAAAGAAGAGUGUGUGAGCGUGUCUGUGAGAGAGAGUGUGUGUGUGUGUGAGUAUGUGUGUGGAGACCUAAAGAGGGACUUGUCUUCUGCUACUACUUCAUAAGUAAGUCUCUCCUGCCUUCUGCGAAGGCUCCUUGUCUUUUUUUUUCUCCUAUCAAGUCUUGUUUCUCUCUUUUUUUUGUACAGAAUAUCCAAACAUUAUUUAUUUUUGUACAGCCUGUUAAAUAUAAUCAUGUGGCUUUUUUUUAAAUAUUAUUUUUUAUUUGUUAUUGAGUUCACAGAAGGAAGUAGAAUAUAUAGAGUAUUUAUACAGUGCUUUAUAUAUAUAUAUAUAUAUAUCUUUAUAUAUAUAUAUAUAUAUAUAUGGUCCUAGGUUCAUGAAUAAAGUAUCACAUUGAC